AUGAUUGGUGGUCUUACAGUAGUGCCUGUCUUAGUAGCUGGAGGGUCUGUCUUCGGUGCUGAAGUAUUUGGUGUCGACUGGAAGAAACCCAUUUCCAAUGACGUAGUGGGGCAGCUUGUCAACUUACAAGACAGAUACGCAGUCUUCAUCUUCCGGGAGACCGGGCUCGAUAACGCUGGACAUAUUGCCUUCUCUAAGCAGCUAGGUGACAAACUUGAAGUCAACCCGUUUUUCUACGGUCGUGAGAACGACCGUGUCGGUGAAUCUUUGCUUUUCGAUGUUGGAAACAUCGAGCUUGAUGGAUCGCUUGUCAAGUCUAACAGUCGUCGAUGGCAUCAUAGUAUGGACAAUGCCCUCUGGCACACUGACUCAACCUAUCAUCAACAACGCUCAAAGUAUUCUCUUCUACUUAGUCAUGGUGACGCUGUCACUGGCGGGUGCUAUACUCACUUUGCAGAUACACGUCGAGCAUACUCGGAUCUUCCACAAGACCUGAAAGACGAGUUAGAGGAUCUCAUAGUCGAGCAUGAUCUUUGGCACUCCCGCAAACUUGCAAGUCCGAUCAUCUACGGCAGCCCCACAGAUCGAGAAAAGGCUUUGAAGCCCCCAGCAUAUCAUCGACUCGUCCAAACAGCCCCAGACGGGCGCAAAACAUUGUACCUUGCUGCUCACGCGAAGUGCAUCAUCGGUCGCUCUUUCGGAGAGAGCCAAGAGCUGAUCUGGCGAUUGAUUGAUCACUGCACUCAAUCCAAGUACGUCUUCAGUAUGGAGUGGCUGUCAGGAGGAGAUGUGGUUUGGUGGGAUAACAGGCAGUCGAUGCAUCGUUCAAAUCCUUACCUAGAAGGCAUGUCAGCAAGAGAUGUUAGACGUUCGACCGUCGUUGACGAUGGUCCAUUUGCAUUCGGUGUCACGUCUCAGGGCAAUGGGGAAUUGAAUAGCCUUGCAAAGUAG